CUUGAAACAGGAAUCUCACCGGUCCUCGGCCAUGCCGGAGAUCCUGCUGCGGCCCCAUGAAGAGGCCUACAUCAAGGCGCACAGAGAGGAGCUGAAGCGGUUCAGUGGCAUGGACCUGGUCUUCGAAGCCCGGAUGCGCUUCAUGGAGAUGCCCGUGGCGGAUCGCGAAAAGCUGGCGCCCCAUUGGAUGGAAGAGGACCAGCCGCUCUGGCAGCCGGGCUCCAUCCCGCUGUCCGCGGUGAUUGAUGAGGAGCCGGAGGCGCAACCUUCGGUGCGACUCAUCGAGCCACUGCCGCCGCUACAGCUUGUCGCACCGGAGCCUGAGCCUGCUCAGCCUGCGGAGGAGCCGGCCCCCGAGCCCAGCUCGGCGCCCAGAGAAACCGCAGAGCCCGAGUUCGCUCUCAAUGUGUUUGGCGCCCAGACGGAGGAGCCUGCCCAAUUGGAUGUUCGCAGCAUCCUGGAGCGCUCUGCUUAGAAAAGUGGCGCUCGAAGAGAAUUUGGAUCUCACCAAAGGUGAGGCGCAAGGACGGCCGGAGAAAGCGGGAGCAGCGCAUGCAUUCGCAGCCCGAAAUCCU